AUGACAUCACUGGUGAUAUCACUUCUUUGUUAUGCUCUUUAUCCAAAUGUUUGUUUUCAUAUAUCAAAACGAAAAUUAUUAACAACAGAAGGUAAAGAAGCAUUAAUACAUAAAAAUUCUGUUAAUUGUGGACGUGAAAUUCCAAUAUUUCCAUCACCAUUUUUUGUUUUUACGGAAAAAAUAAAAACACGAGCUGUAUCAGCUAAACAAAUGUCAAUGUCAACACCAGUUCAAUUAUUAUUAUUUGCUUCUGAACAAGUUGAUAUUGUUGAAUCAAAUCUUGUUUGUCUUGAUAAUUGGAUUUUAUUAAAUAUGAAUAUUGAAUUAGCAUCAAAAAUAGUUUCAAUUCGACCAGCUAUAGAAUCAUUAAUUAUACGAUGUACACAAGAACCAAAUGAUAUUAUUAAUCAUUCAGAAUCAGUUGAAAAAUUAUGUAAUUUAAUUCGUCUUUUAUCUGAUCAACAACUUGAACAUAUUUUAUGUGAAAAAAUUAAUGAAAAUAAUAAUAAUACAACAGAAUCAACUAAUUCAAAUUUUAAUCAAUCUUCAUCUGAAUAUCGUCCAAAUGAAUUAUUUCCAUCGAAUAGAGGAUAUAAUCAGAGAUCAUUUUAUGGUGGACGUAAUCGUCCUUUUAAUCGAUAUAAUUAUCGAGGUAAUAAUAAUACAUCACAACAACAAUAUCGACCACAAAAUAAUAUGAGUAGUAGUUCUUUUAGUUUCUCACCUGAUUUAUCAUCUGUUCAAGAUAAUUCUUCAUCAUCAUUUAAUAAUAAGAGACAAUAUGAUAAUGCAUUUUAUUCUUCAACAUCAUCUCCAAUGAAUGUUCCACCACCGACAUCAUCCUAUCAAUCGGAAUGGAAUAAUAAUCGUGGUGGAUAUUCAAAUAAUUAUCGUGGUACUGGUGGAUAUAGUCGAUUUCCGAAACGAAGUCGACCUUAUAAUUAUUAA